AUGGACAGUCUGGACUGGGACCUCGUUUCUUCAUACGCUGGCCUGUUGUGUUUGGCUUCCAUCUCCAUCUUCGUCGGAGCUCAUGGUUCACUUCCAGUGCGUAUUACCCCAAAGAAGUCGGCAAAAGGGCCCAAGAGCUUGCUGCAAGAUGACGACGAUGAAAACGAGGAUAUACCAGAUCGUUUGUCUUCUGGAGAUGCGUGGCUUUUCCCAGUCGCAGGCUCAGUAGCUUUAUUCGGAAUGUACACCAUAGUAAAAUACUUUGGAAAAGAAUGGAUAAACUACCUUCUCGCAUGGUACUUUUCCCUUGCAGGUGUAGGUAGCGUGUGGAAGUCUGCUGCGUCGUUUAUGAGAAGCGUGCUCGGUAAUGAGCGGUGGAAGACAUUUGAUCGAAACAGGCUUUUGGUUCUAAAGGGUCCACGGGAAUUGGUUUCUGUUUCAUUGAGGACCCCGACGCUGUUGUUAUUUCCUCUUGCUUUGAUACCUUCUGUGUUAUACAGCAGAUCAGAAACGAGUCGCAAGUCUGCGCUUAUAACAGACAUACUCGCGCUUUCGUUCUCGCACAAUGCUAUUUCUCUCCUCAAGCUGGAUUCGUUCAAGACGGGAUGUAUACUCCUUUCUGGAUUAUUCGUUUAUGAUAUUUAUUGGGUAUUUGGUACGGACGUAAUGCUGACAGUAGCUACGUCUCUGGACGUUCCCAUCAAACUUCUAUGGCCAAAAUCUGUAGCGUUUGCGAGUGAUCGCGGAUAUACGAUGCUGGGCCUAGGGGACAUCGUGAUCCCGGGUACAUUUGUGGCCUUGGCACUUCGUUAUGACCACGCACGUGGUUAUAAAGGGAAGCCGUACUUUUAUACGACCCUGGCUGCGUAUUUUGUUGGGUUGUUGAGUACGAUGAGUGUGAUGCACGUGUUCGGCAAAGCCCAGCCUGCUUUGCUUUAUUUGAGCCCCGCUUGUAUUGUGUCAUUGGUUGGAGUAGCGUUUAUUCGAGGGGAGUUCCUUGAUGCUUGGAAUUGGGUUGAUGAUGGUGAUAUGGAUGGAGACAAGAAGGAGAUGACGGAUGGGAGCGUUGAUGAUGGUGAGAUGAAUGGAUCCAAGUUGAAGAAGAAACGAGAAUGA